CUGUAAAUGCUAUAUUAUUUUUGGAAAGGCUGCAUAUAUAUUCUACUGCCAUAAAACUUCGACACGAAACGAGUCACCUGCUUUGAAACCAAUGCGAUUUUACUUUCAUGCUUACUACGGAAACGACGAGUAUACUAUAGUGUUAACUGAAGAGUAAAGGCGGUCGUUCAUGCAUCGCUGAUAUUUGCAGUUCAAUAGAGUACAUCAAGUCGAGGAAUUUAGAUCAACUUUGGAAAUAGCUCCGAUAAAUUCAGAACAGUACUCUAUACGGACUUACUUGCACUAAGUUGUCAAUUUGCUGUUUGUUAAAAGUAUUUUGGUCUACAUUGUGUUUGAAUAGCUUCAGCAAUCGCUAAUUUAUACAUCCUAGAAGGAUUUUACAGGAGUUUUUUUUAUGAAGGGUGUUCAACGCUCAAUUGACUAAAGGAAGUAAAGUUCCAUUUACUGGUGAAAAGUUACUGUACUUCUGUUUUGGUUGAUGUUCAUCCCAUGUUUUAAAUUACUGCGAGGCAACAGGUCCGAUAAAUGAAAAUUCGGCAGUUUUUUAAAAUACCGCCGAUAGGGAAUUCUGCGUAGGCAGAAACAUCAGAAUAUUUUAUCGUCAAUCUCCAACGUGUGUGUUACCAGUAGGUUAAUUAAUUACAAACCAUGAUGAAUGUGAAAGUGUGGGCCGUGUUUUUAUUAAUGACAAUCGUAGCUGACGCUGAGCUCACAGAAUUGCAAGAAAUUCUCUCAGGAAAACCAGCAGUGAGCUCAAAGCCUGACGACCUAUUUGCAAGCCUUCAGGCAAACCCAGCAUCGCGGGAUCCCGUAGGCCGGCUCAGAAAGAACAAGUCUAACCUUAAGCCCCAUCGCUAUAUUCUAAGGAUAUUGGAGCCACUGGUCAAGAAUGAUACGGCACUAGAAAAAGGGAGCACUGUCUACAGUUUUGCGGCUGAAAAAAAAUCUACUUGCGGAGAAAAGCACAUGUUCGUUUUGAAGUUAAAACCGAAGAGUGAGAAGAAAAAUAUUAUUAAAGCCGAGCUUUAUGUCAACAACCGUAAACCACUGCAGCCGUCACAGUUUAACAAUACGGGUAUGAGCGAAUUGGUCAUUGUUGUGUACGAUGUACAGAAUCCGAACCAAUGUCUGAAAGUAGGAACAUUCGGAAUAGAUGACUUUGAGGGCGAUGGGUGGCAAAAAAUAGACAUCAAAACAAUACUUUCGCAGCUGUCCGAAGGGUUAACAAAGAGGGCAGUAUUAGGAGUAUCCUUCAAGAUAAGGAACAGAAAAUCAGAUGAAAAUAACGAAAUUGAUCAUAAAAACGACUGGUGGGAUAGGUUGAUGUCUAAGAAGAAAAUGUUACAGAAGCGCGGACGACCAUUUAUUCUUGUUCACGUCGAAGACACAGCCGUAGACGCUGAUUUGACAUCGAUGCCUUUCCAACGAUUAUCAGACACCAUGAAAAGCACCAUCAACAGUCGACAAAGAAGAAGCGUUAUUCUCCCUGAACCAAAGCCUAUCAACGAGUCAGAUCAUUACAUAUAUUUAAUGACAAAUGAGUACCCGCCUGCUCCACCUGUAGAAGUUGUCCCGUCACCAGAAGUUAAAUUUCCCGCCUUUCUCGAUCAGAAUUCCAGGCGGCGAAAAGAGAGAAAACACACCAAGAGGCGCAAAAACAGGCGUAAAAAUGGCGUCAUUCCAUUCGGCCAGGAAACGACUAAACCUUUAACACCCCUAUCAAACAAAGCUGAUGAAAUAGUGCAUUUGCAAAAACCAGAAAAUGAGGACUACAAAAACACAGAGGGACUCUGCUCGCUCCGAAAGCUUAGUGUUAACUUCAAGGAUCUUGGUUGGGAAAGUUUCGUUAUUGCACCAGAAUUAUUUACGCCCAAUUACUGUGCUGGAUCGUGCCCAUAUCCACUUCAAAAAUCACUUAAUCCUACGAACAACGCACUAAUACUGAGCAUGGUGAAAUCUAUGGGAGUGCAAGUGCCGGCACCGUGCUGCGUACCGACAAAAAUGUCAUCAAUCAGCAUUUUGUAUUUGGACGAAGAAAUGAACGUUUUACUCCGGAACUAUCCCAACAUGCAAGUCGAAUCUUGUGGAUGUAUGUAGUCCGCGUGUCCCUAUUACCAUGGUAAUCUACAACGCUUGUUGGAGGCGGCGCAUUUUAAUGGAAACGUUUUAAUAUACAAUCUAUGUGGACAUGAUGUUUCCUAUGCAGAGCCUAUGUUUUGAGCAGUAUUGGUACAUUAUGGUUUUGUACUAAUCUGUUUGAGAUUUCUUACCUCAUUUUGUGAAAAUAACUGUGAACGUGAUGCGUUUUGUAUAAAAUUAAUAUGUUGCAUUCUGAGUAGCUGAUUGGUGAAAAGUAAUGCACGUAGCCUGUGUGCUGCUAUUGUGAAUAAAAUUAUGUUGAAAUACAAUUAAUUAUUGCCUAGAAUUUAAACGGUGCAAAUGCACACUUUAAUUGUUAGUAUUGUCCUCGGCAGGCUCAUUUAGAGUAAACUGAAAUUGUAUGUAUAACUGCUCAAAUUAACUUAUUAUAAUUUAAUUAAUUGUUGGAAUAAACUUCAUAUAUCUUUGUACAAGUAAAAUACUUUUAGAUAUAAUGUUCUGUUAAAAGAAUGUCAAAUUAGAAAGUUUUAGGCAUUUGUAGAAAAAAAAACGAACCAAUAUAUAAUAGAAAAAAAAUGUUUAUAAGAAGACAGAUAUUUGAUUUUGAAUAUCAAUAACGAGAGUUUAAACCCAGCCUCACUACCUAUACCCCCGGACGUGAGAUACUUCCGAGACGUUAAAGUAUAAUGGUAAUGCACCGUUGAUAAAGUACGGGUAUAACGUUUCCACGAACCCCCACCGAUUUUUUUCAGUGGGAGCCAAAGAGUACUGAAAGAAAAUGGAAUGGGAGGGAGUGAGUAAAGAACAAGAUUUAAUAAAAGAAUUAAAAUAUAACACAAA